CAAUAUUUCUGAAAUUUGCAUUUAAGUUUGAAAUGACAAAUGGAUAUGCUAACAUCUCUUUGGCAGGCCUACUGGGAGGCGAUUCUGUUAGAUUCUUCGAUCAGAUGUUCCAGUUUCCUCUGAGGACACCCCUGUGCUCUGCCCUGCUGAUGAUCAAGUUCUUAUAGGUGUGACCCCACUGCAGGGGCUGCUUGGGCCAUGACCCUGCCAGAUAUGCACCCUAGACUUCCAAAUUCACGGCCACCCAGAGCUCCUCUUUACCAAUGUGGGUAGCUAUGGUGAAGGCUAAACAUAUGGGCUGGUCAGGCAUGGUAGCACACACCUGUAAUCCCAGCACUUUGGGAGGUCAAGGCAGGAGGAUCACUUGAGGCCAGGAGUUUGAGACCAACCUGUCCAACUUAGCAAGACCCCCAUCUUAACAACACAAUAACCUCGUCUGCUAGGUUCAUUGUACACUUAUUCUAUUUUACUUAUUCUAUUUUAUAAAUUGUUGUGAUUUUGUCUUUUGACACUUAAAAGGUAAUUCUGGAACAGAAUUUCCUUAUUUGCAAGGGAAAAAAGCCAUCAAAACAUAUUUAUAGCUUGGUAUAGUCUAGAUUUGAAUUAGACAUAGUGGAAGUGUGGCUGUUUUUUUCUUCAGUGUUGACACAUAAAGGUUAUUUUCUUCAGUGUUGACACAUAAAGUCUUGGAAUUAGGCCUUAGUCACUAUUUUUAGCACUUGAAUUUGCAGUUCUGCCUGGAGGCUCUCUCAGAAAACAACUCAUUACUGAUGGCUGAGCUGGUGCCUUGUCACAGUUGACUAUAUUAAUUCAACAAACACGUGCGGACUGCUUUCUGCAUGUUGGAGGCAGGACAGUAUUCUUGAGAAACUUACAGUUCAAGACAGAAGAUGAGACACCUAUGCACGUCAUUCUAAUAAAAUCCAUGUCAGCAUAAAAAAGAUAGAAAACAAAAUGCUCUGAUGGUACAGGGAAGGGAAAAAUCACUUUAGCAAGGGAAUGUCGGAAAAGAUGUCAGCACAUGAGCAAAACACUGAAGAUCAUCCGCUGGGGAGGCUGAAGGAGUUGUGUAAACACAAGUUGUGCUGACAACACAAAGCUCUAUCAGGCAACUGCCCAUAAUCCUUGGGGCCUUACAGGGAAUGCAGUGUCUUUGUCAAUUAAGCCUUUACAGUUAAGAAGUUAACAGGCCAGGUGAGGUGGCUCAAACCGGUAAUCCCAACACUUUGGGAGGCCAAGAUGAGUAGAUCACCUGAGAUCAGGCGAUCAAGACCAGCCUGGCCAGGAUGGUGAAACCCCCUUUCUACUAACAAUACAAAAAUUAGCUAGGCAUGGUGGCAUGUGCCUGUGGUCCCAGCUACUUGGGAGGAGGCUGAGGCAGGAGAAUUGCUUGAACCCUGGGAAGUGGAAGUUGCAGUGAGCUGCGAUCAUGCCACUGCACUUCAGCCUGGGCAACAGAGUGAAACGGUCUCAAUAAAAAAUAAUAAUAAAUAACAAGGGUAAUUUAAACAGCAGGUAGGAGGCAAGCUCUGAAGCCCCACAGACUCUGAGUGGCCCACGUGCGUGCCAUAAUGUGGGUUCCCCUUUCCUGGGACCAGCACGGAGCAGUGAUGGGUCACUGGGAAGAAACACAUCAAGGGGGUGAACAGGACAUAAGGAAAACCAAAAAGGGGUGGUUCAAAGUUGCCAAGUGGAAAGACAUUCAAGUUGGAGAUGUCAUUCGUCUGAGAAAAAAUGACUUUGUUCCCGCUGACAUUCUCCUGCUGUCCAGCUCUGAGCCUAACAGCCUCUGCUAUGUGGAAACAGCAGAACUGGAUGGAGAAACCAAUUUAAAGUUUAAGAUGUCGCUUGAAAUCACAGACCAGUAUCUCCAAAGAGAAGAUGCAUUGGCAGCAUUUGAUGGUUUUAUUGAAUGCGAAGAACCCAAUAACCGACUAGAUAAGUUUACAGGAAUACUAUCUUGGAGAAAAGGAAGGUUUCCUUUGGAUGCUGAUAAAAUUCUGUUGCGUGGCUGUGUGAUUAGGAAUACCGAUUUCUGCCAUGGCUUAGUCAUUUUUGCAGGUGCUGACACUAAAAUAAUGAAGAAUAGUGGGAAAACCAGAUUUAAAAGAACUAAAAUUGAUUACUUGAUGAACUACAUGGUUUACACGGUUCGUCUUGGUGUCAUGGUUGUGGUUAUGAGUACGGCACUCUCAAAGAGCCUGUGGGCACUCUGGUGUUUCCAUGACCAAUUUGAGAUCAUUGUCGUUCUUAUUCUGCUUUCUGCUGGUCUUGCCAUCGGCCAUGCUUAUUGGGAAGCACAGGUGGGCAAUUACUCUUGGUACCUCUAUGAUGGAGAAGACGCUACACCCUCCCUCCGUGGAUUCUUCAAUUUCUGGGGCUACAUCAUUGUUCUGAACACUAUGGUACCCAUCUCUCUCUAUGUCAGUGUGGAAGUGAUUCGUCUUGGACAGAGUCACUUUAUCAACUGGGACCUGCAAAUGUACUAUGCUGAGAAGGACACACCCGCAAAAGCUAGAACCACGACGCUCAAUGAACAACUCGGGCAGAUCCAUUAUAUCUUCUCUGAUAAGACAGGGACGCUCACACAAAAUAUCAUGACCUUUAAAAAGUGCUGUAUCAAUGGGCAGAUAUAUGGGGACCAUCGGGAUGCCUCUCAACACAACCAUAACAAAAUAGAGCAAGUUGAUUUUAGCUGGAACACAUAUGCUGACGGGAAGUUUGCAUUUUAUGACCACUAUCUUAUUGAGCAAAUCCAAUCAGGGAAGGAGCCAGAAGUGCGACAGUUCUUCUUCUUGCUCGCAGUUUGCCACACGGUCAUGGUGGAUAGGAUUGAUGGUCAUCUCAAUUACCAGGCAGCCUCUCCUGAUGAAGGUGCCCUGGUAAAUGCUGCCAGGAACUUUGGCUUUGUCUUCCUCGCCAGGACCCAGAACACCAUCACCAUCAGUGAGCUGGGCACUGAAAGGACCUAUAAUGUUCUUGCCAUUUUGGACUUCAACAGUGACCGGAAGCGAAUGUCUAUCAUUGUAAGAACUCCAGAAGGCAAUAUCAAGCUUUACUGUAAAGGUGCUGAUACUGUUAUUUAUGAACGGUUACAUCAAAUGAACCCUACUAAGCAAGAAACACAGGAUGCCCUGGAUGUCUUUGCAAAUGAAACUCUUAGAACCCUGUGCCUUUGCUACAAAGAAAUUGAAGAAAAAGAUUUUGCAGAAUGGAAUAAAAAGUUUAUGGCUGCCAGUGUGUCCUCGACCCACCGAGACGAAGCUCUGGAUAAAGUAUAUGAGGAAAUUGAAAAAGACUUAAUUCUCCUGGGAGCUACAGCUAUUGAGGACAAGCUGCAGGAUGGAGUUCCAGAGACCAUUUCAAAACUUGCGAAAGCUGACAUUAAGAUCUGGGUUCUUACUGGAGACAAAAAGGAAACUGCUGAAAAUAUAGGAUUUGCUUGUGAACUUCUGACUGAAGACACCACCAUCUGCUACGGGGAGGAUAUUAAUUCUCUUCUUCACUCAAGGAUGGAAAACCAGAGGAACAGAGGUGGAGUCUAUGCAAAGUUUGUACCGCCUGUGCAGGAACCUUUUUUUCCAUCUGGUGGGAACCGUGCCUUAAUCAUCACUGGUUCUUGGCUGAAUGAAAUUCUUCUCGAAAAAAAGACCAAGAGAAGUAGGAUUCUGAAGCUGAAGUUCCCAAGAACAGAAGAAGAAAGACGGAUGCGGACCCAAAGUAAAAGGAGGCUAGAAGCUAAGAAAGAGCAGCGGCAGAAAAACUUUGUGGACCUGGCUUGCGAGUGCAGCGCAGUCAUCUGCUGCCGCGUCACCCCCAAGCAGAAGGCAAUGGUGGUGGACCUGGUGAAGAAGUACAAGAAAGCCAUCACGCUGGCCAUCGGAGACGGGGCCAAUGACGUGAACAUGAUCAAAACUGCCCACAUCGGCGUUGGAAUAAGCGGACAAGAAGGAAUGCAAGCUGUCAUGUCGAGUGAUUAUUCCUUCGCCCAGUUCCGCUAUCUGCAGAGGCUACUACUGGUGCAUGGCCGGUGGUCUUACAUAAGGAUGUGCAAGUUCCUACGAUACUUCUUUUACAAAAACUUUGCCUUUACUUUGGUUCAUUUCUGGUACUCCUUCUUCAAUGGCUACUCUGCACAGACUGCAUACGAGGACUGGUUCAUCGCCCUCUACAACGUGCUAUACUCCAGCCUGCCUGUGCUCCUCAUGGGGCUGCUCGACCAGGAUGUGAGUGACAAACUGAGCCUCCGAUUCCCUGGGUUAUACGUAGUGGGACAAAGAGACUUACUAUUCAAUUAUAAGAGAUUUUUCGUAAGCUUGUUGCAUGGAGUCCUAACAUCGAUGAUCCUCUUCUUCAUACCUCUUGGAGCUUAUCUGCAAACCGUAGGGCAGGAUGGAGAGGCACCUUCUGACUACCAGUCUUUUGCCGUCACCAUUGCCUCUGCUCUUGUAAUAACAGUCAAUUUCCAGAUUGGCUUGGAUACUUCUUAUUGGACUUUUGUGAAUGCUUUUUCAAUUUUUGGAAGCAUCGCACUUUAUUUUGGCAUCAUGUUUGACUUUCAUAGUGCUGGAAUACAUGUUCUCCUUCCAUCUACAUUUCAAUUUACAGGCACUGCUUCAAACGCUCUCAGACAGCCGUAUAUUUGGUUAACUAUCAUCCUGACUGUUGCCGUGUGCUUACUGCCCGUCGUUGCCAUCCGAUUCCUGUCAAUGACCAUUUGGCCAUCAGAGAGUGAUAAGAUCCAGAAGCAUCGCAAGCGGUUGAAGGCGGAGGAGCAGUGGCAGCGGAGGCAGCAGGUGUUCGGCCGGGGUGUGUCGUCUAGGCGCUCAGCCUACGCCUUCUCGCACCAGCGGGGCUACGCGGACCUCAUCUCCUCUGGGCGCAGCAUCCGCAAGAAGCGCUCGCCCCUUGAUGCCAUCGUGGCCGAUGGCACCGCAGAGUACAGGCGCACCGGGGACAGCUGAUCCCUCGCCCCCAGGCCGGGAUGCGGCGGCACAGAGCACGUCUAUUUUUUUAUCAAAGACUCUCAGGACUUUUUGUGUGUGGAUUGCAUUCGUCACAAAGAUAUUGAAGACAAUAAAUAACCUUUAUAACAAACUCCUUGGGUUGGGCUAUUAAACAAUAGAAGAGCCAAGCAACAGGACUUUUAAAAGUCCUAUUAUUUGGCUGGACGUGCCUCACACCUGUAAUCCUAGCACUCUGGGAGGCCAAGGAGCACAGAUCCCGACCCUGAGGUCAGGAGUUCGAGACCAGCCCAGCCAACAUGGUGACAUCUUGUCUCUACCAAAACUUAAAAAAUUAGCCGGGCUUGGUGGCGGGCACCCAUAAUCCCACCUACUUGAAAGGCUGAGGCAGGAGACUCGUUUGAACCUGGGAGGUGGAGGUGGAGGUUGCAGUGAGCCAAGACUGCACCACUGCACUCUAGCCUGGGUGACAGAGUAACACUCUGUCUUAAAAAAUUUUUUUAAAUAGGCUGGGCACAGUAGCUUCUGCCUGCCAACCUAGCACUUUGGGAGGCCAAGGCAGGCGGACCACUUGAGGUCACGAGUUCCAGACCAGCCUGGCCAAAAUGAUGAAACCCUGUCUCUAUUGAAAAUACAAAAAUGAGCCGGAGAUCACUUGAACCCAGGAGGCAGAGGUUGCAGUGAGCCAAGGUUGUGCCACUGCCCUCCAGCCUGGGCAACAGAGCAAGACUCCUUCUAAAAAAAAAUUGUUUAAAUAAUAAUAAAAGUCCUGUUAUUCAUUAUGGUUCAAAGGGAACAUUUUAAUCAGUCUCAAUCUAGGGCAACAGAAUUACAAAGCAUGUCAUAUUUCAGUUCAAGUGGUAUUGUGUUAUAAACUUACAUUUUCCUUUCUGUGAUCUUCAGCAUAAUUUCCCAGAAACUCCUUCCUGCCCCACCCAUAGGCCGCCUCACUAACAGAUUUUUCCAUUUAUAGUAGUAAUGACAAAAGACUUAUCAGUGUUCAUCAUCUGGAAGCUAAGUGGUUCAAUCACUUUUUCAAAGUUGAUAGUAGACUGCCUGGUUUCAUGUUCUCCUCAUGACAGUGUAAUAAUUCUAUUUACUCAAGGAAAUAACUUCAGAUUCCAUAAAUAUAAAGUUUCAGUUUGUUUUUGGUUCACUACUAGGUGAAGUAGCACAUUACAUACUUUUACUAUCAAAUAUUAUUUCAGCAGCUUCCCACAGUUCCAAAUGAUUUGAUUCCCUACUCUCGUUUUUUAAAGCAUCUAAAUAUUUAUGGGCUUAAAAAGGGGAUUUUAAAAACUGAGGAUAUCAGUGAUAAAUUGCAGAAUAUUUUUCAAAGCUUUCUUUUGAAAAGCAAAGUUUUGUGCCUGCCUAUAUGUAAAGUAUUUUACAAGGGACUUGAACAAAGACCUCACUUUUUUCACUUGUCUUAUGUCUCGAGAGAAAAGGCUGUUGGUAGCUACUUUCCUAAGACUGGGGAAUGGUGUGUCCUUUUACAUUUGAAGAUCACUUUAGGUAACUGUGGAAACUCCUCAAAGUGGUAAAAUUAAUUUUUUCCAGACAUUUUUCUCAUUCUGUGUCUUUCACACAAUAGUUUCCAUAUUUCAGUAAUUGUUUUUUUAUCAUUAGGCUGUGAAUAUUCACCGUAUCAGUCCUGUUGAAUUCCUAUGAGGUAAUCACACUGUGUAUAUAGUUCAUUUUCUAGGUAUGCUAAAAGAAUGGCUGUUUAUUCUAUGGAAGUAAAAUUCUGAACGUUUACAACUUUUCCUUGUAAAUGAAAAAUUGUAAGUUUUUUUUACAGAAGAGUUAACUUGUGUAAUUCUGUUAGUUUCAGAUUUCUCUCCUGUUUUUCCAAAUUGUGGGAAAGAUUGACAAUGCAAAUGUGUCAAAGACUUAUACUGUUGGGUGCAAUAUUAACAAUUUUAAAAUGCAAAUUUCUUUGGAUAAAUUAUUUCUGUAUUCUGUAAAUCUGAGUUUGUAUAUUUUUGUUUAAAAAAUGAUUUAGUAAAAUAUUUGAAAAGUA